AUGUCGGCCGGGGGAGAGCAUCUUAAAGAUGAAGGCACCAAGCGACAGGUCGUGUUGGCCGGCGGAAUCGCUGGAUUGAUAUCGCGGUUCUGCAUUGCGCCAUUGGACGUCGUCAAGAUCCGGCUACAGUUGCAGAUCCAUUCAUUGUCAGAUCCUAUCUCCCAUAAUGGUGUCAACGGACCUGUUUACAAGGGGACAUUGUCCACGAUAAGGACGAUCAUGAGGCAAGAAGGAAUUACCGGCCUAUGGAAAGGCAAUAUUCCCGCCGAAAUCAUGUAUGUCUGCUACGGCGCCAUGCAAUUCACCGCGUAUCGGGGCACAACUCAAGCUCUUGCCCAACUCGGCGCUUACAGACUUCCCCAACCCGUCGAGUCCUUCAUAUCAGGUGCAGCGGCAGGAGGAUUUGCCACGGGCUUAACCUAUCCGCUCGAUCUCCUCCGUACACGCUUCGCCGCACAAGGCCCGGAUCGGGUGUAUAACUCGCUGCGCGCAUCAGUUAUGGAGAUCGCGCGUCAUGAGGGACUACCAGGGUUUUUCAGGGGAUGUUCCGCCGCCGUCGCACAAAUUGUCCCUUACAUGGGACUAUUCUUCACAACGUACGAGGCCCUUAGGCCAGCCAUAACAGCAUGGGACGUUCUGCCAUUGGGGACAGGGGAUGCUGCUGCCGGUGUGGUGGCGAGUGUAUUGGCCAAAACGGGGGUGUUCCCUUUGGACCUCGUGCGAAAGCGGUUGCAGGUACAGGGGCCAACGAGGACCCGAUACGUUCAUCGCAAUAUCCCAGAGUAUCAUGGGGUUAUCCAAAGCAUUUCCAUGAUUGUCCGUGCCCAAGGUGUGCGUGGUUUGUACCGUGGCUUAACAGUCAGUCUACUCAAGGCGGCGCCUGCUAGUGCGGUGACCAUGUGGACUUAUGAGCAUGCAUUGAAGGUCCUUCAGGGGCUUGAAUUGGCAACUGACGGUUGA